CCUCUUCACCACCUUCACCACUCCAUAACUACUCUCCACCAUGGCGGACGCUUCCACUGCCUCCUCCUCCACCUCCUCCUUCGUCUCCGCCCUCAUCCUCAACGGCGUCAUCUUCCUCAUCUUCAUCUUCCUCUUCCUCAUCUUUCGCGGUCGCUUCACCCGUCUCUACCAGCCCAAAACAUUCGUCGAUAUCAUUCCCGAGGACCAACGCACUCAACCCCUCCCCACCGGAAAACUAGAAUGGCUCAAGUUCCUCCUCACCUGCCCUGACGCCUACGUCCUCAGACAGGCUGGCCUCGACGGCUUCUUCUUCCUCCGCUACCUCAAAAUGGCCGUCUUCAUCUGCUGCGUCGGCAUCAUCUUCCUCUUCCCCAUCCUCCUCCCCGUCAACGCCACCGGCGGCGCGGGCCAGACCGGCUUCGACCAGCUCGCCUUCUCAAACAUCAAAAACAAAAACCGCUACUUUGCCCACGUCUUCCUCAUGUGGUUCUACUUUGCCUUCAUCCUCUUUGUCUUCUACCGCGAGUUCAUGUACUUCAUCUCCGUCCGCCAGGCCGUCCUCACCUCCCCCUACUACUGGAACCGCGUCUCCUUCCGCACCGUCCUCUUCCAGACCGUCCCCGACUCCUUCCUCAACGAACGCGUCCUCCUCAACCUCUUCCCCGAGGCCAAGAACGUCUGGAUCAACCGCAGCGUCAAGGAUCUCGAGGACUCUGUCCAGGAGCGCGACAAGCUCGCUUUGAAGCUCGAGGCCGCUGAGGUCAAGCUUUUGAAGACCGCUCUCAAGAACAAGCGCAAGGCUGAAAAGAAGGGAACUGACUCUGCUCCCCUCGACGGCGCCUCCAUCGACCAGUACGUGCCCGAGAAGAAGCGCCCGCACCACAAGCUCAAACCCGUCAUCGGCAAGAAGGUCGACACCAUCAACUACGCCCGCGAGAAGCUCGCCGAGCUCAACCCCAAGAUCAAGGACCUUCAGGACGACUCGCUCUCUAGCAAGCGUCUCAAUUCCUGCUUCAUUGAGUUCUCCACCCCCGAGGCCGCCUACGACGCCUACCAGCUCCUCGCUCACCACUCUCCCCUGCACAUGGCUCCCCGUCAUUUUGGUGUCCGUCCUCAGGACAUUAUCUGGGCUAACCUCCGUUUGUUUUGGUGGGAGCGCGUCAUCAAGGGCUACGCCAGCACUGCUUUCCUCAUCGCCCUCGUCAUCUUCUGGUCGAUUCCCGUCGCUGCUGUCGGUGCCAUCUCCAACAUCACCUACCUCACCGACAAGGUCCACUUCCUGCGCUUCAUCCUCAACCUGCCCAAGCCUUUGUUUGGUCUCGUCACUGCCUUGCUCCCUACCGUCUUGCUCGCUCUCCUCAUGAUGAUGCUCCCCAAGAUCCUCCGUCUUGCUGCCCGCAUCUCUGGCGUGCCUUCCACCGCCAUGGUCGAGCUCCACGUGCAAAACUCCUACUUUAGCUUCCAGGUCGUCCACGUCUUCUUGAUCACCACCAUCUCUUCCGCCGCUGCCUCGGUCGUCACCCAGAUUAUCUCGGAGCCCUCCUCCGCAAUGUCUUUGCUCGCAAACAACCUGCCCAAGGCCUCCAACUUCUUCAUCGCCUACAUCCUCCUCCAGGGUCUUUCCGGUGCCGGUGGCCUUGCCUUGCAGAUCGUCGCGCUCAUCAUCUCGCAGAUCCUACCCCGGAUCCUCGACUCGACCCCGCGCAAGAUGUUUAACCGCUUCAUCAACUUCUCGGCGCCGGCUUGGGGUACCACUUUCCCGGUCUACACCAACUUGCUCGUCAUCUGCCUCACCUACUCGAUCAUCUCGCCCUUGAUCAUCCUCUUUGGCGCCGUCUGCUUCGGUCUCUUGUACCUCGUCUACCUCUACAACUUCCUCUACGUCUACCGCUCGCCCAUGGACAUCACCGGUCUCAACUUCCCGCGCGCGCUCUGGCAGACCUUCACCGGUCUCUACCUGUCCGAGGUCUGCCUGAUCGGUCUCUUCGCCGUCGGCAAGAACUGGGCCUGCAUCGUCCUCACCGCAAUCAUGCUCGCCUUCACCGCGUUCUACCAGGUCACUCUGCAGAAGGCCAUCUGCCCGCUGCUCGAGGUCCUGCCCAAGUCCGUCGAGAUGGAGCGCGCGCACGCUGCCGGCGUCGACCGCAGCUCGCCUACUGGUGCGUCAAACACCACGCCUACAUUGACGGAGAAGUCGCUCGGCAACAACGACGUCGAGGCCGGCGAGAAGUACGAGAACGAGCGCUUGAAGGCAAAGUACUCCAAGCCGAUCUUCCGCUUCCUCCGUCCGGACAUCUACGCGUCCUACCUCGAGAUGAAGAACACGAUGGUUCCCGACUGGGCCGCGCCAAACUACACCGUCGACGACGAGCGCGGAGCGUACCACAACCCCGCCAUCACAUCCGAAGCCCCCUUCCUGUGGAUCCCGCGGGAUCAGUACGGCUGGUCGACGACCGAGGUCGAGUCCACUGCUUCGGUCAUCGGAAUCAGCGACGAGGGCUCGUACUUUGACGACAAGGGCAAGAUUGUCAGAGAAGGCAUGCCGCCCGGCUACGAGCCGCCAAAGUACCUGUAAAGGACUCCUUUUCUCCUUUUCAGAGUACAAGCCACGAGCUCGAAACCUUUUCCCCUUUUGUCAUAUAAACCGGGUUUUCUGACCGUGUCUUGCUGUUUUCCACAAUAUUCUCUCGUUUAGUUUAUUCUUCUUCUUCUUAUGCUGUACCUUUGUAACCCCUGCAUCAGCCUCUUGAUGCACCCACGCUCUUUCUACGUGCUUUUGGAACGGUUUCUUAGUCUGCCUAUGUAUUAUUAUUAUUAUCUUGUUACUACUUAGUGUUGUAUCUGUAUUUUUUAUGGUCUUUUUUGUGUUGAUUUCUAUAUAAGUUAGUUGGUUAAUAUAGCUGUGACAAUUAGACGCGCUCCUGUGUAUAGUGUAGAUUCUGGCUGCGACAGCUUUCUGCUCAAUUCAAAUGCUGGUAUUGAUCUAGUCAAUUAAGCAAAGCACACUAUCGUAGUCUAGCUUCUGCAACUACUUUUGAG